CCAGAAUUACAUUUGGUAUUUACAAUUGCAAUUGUACUCAAGAAAAGUUUCAAAAUAAUAUUAAAAUGCUAGGUGUUUAAUUCUACUCUAAAGGAUUCAUCUAAAAUGUUCCUUUAUUCAGACGAUCCUUAGAAAUAUGUAAUUUGAGAAACAUUGGUAUAAAAGCAGCAUGCAAUGCAAUGCUUAUAGUUAUGACACCUGAUGAUAUCUGAAUCGCUGUUUAUUACAAAUUACUAUUAAUUUAAAGUAAUUGAUUGAAAUCACUUGUACUUAAAAUUUGAAUAUCAAUUCCUUUAUCAUUUCGUCAUUUUGAAAUGGCAUUGAAUGUUAUUAAACAGGUCAUAACGUGUCCUCGUCGUUUUCUAGUAAAUGGGACAUUAAGGUUCUACAGUAUUUACGAGCCUUCAUACUUACAGCAUAAGAGACCAGGGCCACCUCUUUAUCCUACAUUAAACAUACAGCUUAGAGGAUAUGUAUUUCCUCUGCUCGAAUCUUAUCAAUCUUAUAUUUAUAAAGUUGCAGACAUAUUGGAUAUUGAUAUUGAUGAUGGUUAUCCUUUUCCUCAUCGAGAAUAUCAUAUAAAAAAAUAUAAAAAACAAAGCACAGUUGUUGAUAGCGAAUACAAACUUAAAAUGUAUGAAAGAGACAUUAUAAUAUCAAAUGUAGAUUCCCCAAAAUGUCCCCUUUUAAUUAGAAUAAUAGAGGCAGCUUUACCUGAAGGAGUCCAUUUACGCGUAGAUACCUAUACGCCUGAAAUGGAAACUAAACGUUACAUACCUGACAAAGAAUUACUUGACAUGAAGGCUCAAUUAGAAAAUAUGUCAAAGUCAAAAUCGUGAAUAUAUGAAAAAAGACAUUUAGGUAUUACUAAUUUAUAUAGGAGCAGAUGAAUUAUUUAGUAAUACAACUGUAAAACAAUUUUUAUUGUAUAAAAAUUAUGUACAAAAUAUGUGUGUAGAUAUUCGUAUAAAACAAUAUAAAUGCAUGUAAAUACAGUC